AUGUUAAGAAAGGCUAUUUUGUUAGGAGCAUUUACUACUGGAUGCACAUUCUUUAUGCCCCCACAAUAAAAGAAGGAUCUUCAAGGAUUUACAGCAGGCUUCAUCAAUUCCUUCUCUGCUAUCAAAACAUGUACUAUAACAUCUUAACUUAGUAAUCGAAUCUCUUUAUGAUUAUCAAGUAGAGCUUACCAAAUACGAAUAUAAUACUGAGGAAUAUCAUCAAUAAAGAUCUAUUGUAUGCAUAUUUAUUCUUAUUUGUAGAUUCAUCAAAGAGUUGCUGAUAGGAUUUUAAGAUUAAGUAUUGAAAAUAAAGGUGUUUACUUAAAAGCUGGGCAAUAUAUUGGGAAUUUGGAGAGAGUUAUGCCAAGGUAAAUUAUUGUUAAAUUUUAAGGGAAUUUACAUAAACACUUAGAGUGUUAUAAGAUCAAGGACCUUAGGUGUCUUUUGAAGAUGUCAAAAUUGUAUUAGAGUAUGAAUUUCAGAAACCAAUUCAAGAACUUUUUACAACAUUUUCUCAUAAAGCUAUUGCAGCUGCUUCUUUAGCUUAAGUUCAUUAGGCUACUUAUGAUGGAAAAGAUGUGGCUGUAAAAGUACAAUUUCCCUAAUUAAGGGUUUAAUACAGAUAUGAUUUAAUGAUAAUACACAAUAUUGCUAAAUUAUGUGAUUUUGUAGUAUCAAAUACUAGUACAAGUUAAUUAAACUUUUCUGAUUUAUUUUCUACUUUUCGAAAAGCUUUAGAGAAAGAGUUAGACUUUACUUUAGAAGUUUAAAAUGCUGAAAUAACUAGAAAUAACUUUAAAAAUAAUUCUAGAAUUUACAUACCUUAAUUUUAUCAAUAUUCCUAAAGAGUUAUUAUUAUGGAAUUCAUUGAUGGUGUGAAAAUUAAUGAUGUAAAUAAAUUAAAAAAUCCAAGGGAAUGUGCUAAUAUUUUAAUUGAUAUGUUUGGAUAAAUGAUAUUCAAACAUGGUCAUGUCCAUUGUGAUGCACAUCCAGGGAAUAUUUUAAUAAGAGAAUAAAAUGGAAAAUAAUAAUUAGUAUUAUUAGAUCAUGGAUUUUACACAGAUAUUGAUUAAGAAAUGUUAUAAAAUUUUAGAUGUUUAUGGAAUAAUAUAGCUAAAUUUAAUUAUAAAUAAGUGGAAUAAUAUGCUCUUAAAUUGGGUAUCAAAAAAGAUCAUAUUGAAUUUUUACCUUUAAUCUUUUUUUAUAGAACAAUAUCAUCAAAAAAGAAGUUGGGUGAUGCAUUCAGUAUUGAAGAGAGAUAAUAUUUAAGAAAUAAAGAUUUAGUAACAUUAGAAAAUAUAAAUGCCUUAUUAAGAUCAAUGCCCCCUGAAAUUAUGUUUAUUAUAAGAGCAGCCAACUUAGUAGGAAUUCAUAAUGCUUUACUUGGAGGUAUUACUUUAGAUAAUAUUAAUUUAGGUACUACAAGAGACAGACUUUUAAAAUUUACAGAAUAUUCUGUUAAAAAUUCAGAAAAGAGUGUUUGGAAAUAAAAAUUUGAAUGGAUAAAAUUAAAAAUAGCUUUAUUUUUAUUUGAAUUUUUUGGUUUAAUUCCUAAAUGA